AGGAGAAGCAGGAGGAGUGAACUUUGAAAGCAAAGAAACAAGUGCACAUUGCUAGGGACAGGCAGUCUGUACACAGCGCUCCGUGCAUGGAGCUAGCCCGGCAGCUCUGAGGGAAUUCCCGCGCUUUCACCUCAGGAUAAGUAAUCGGAGCCCCCUGCAUGGACGCCGCGUUACCACAGUGAUUGUGCUCCGCGUCAGUCAGAUUCUCAGGAACGAAUGCCGCAAACUCCAGGUUUGGUAGCCAUGUUUGACAGUGGUACUUUCAACCGGAACUUGUAUCCGUCCAAAGAAGAGAGUUGUUCGGACCUGUACUACCAAGAUAACAACUUGCUGUCUGGAUCCCUUGAAGCCCUCAUCCAGCACUUGGUGCCCAGCGUUGAUUACUAUCCGGAUAGAACAUACAUCUUUACCUUCCUCCUCAGUUCUCGCCUUUUCAUCCAUCCUUUUGAAUUAAUGGCUAAAGUCUGUCAUGUUUGUGUAGAGCAGCAGAGGCUAAAUGAACCAGGAACUGAUAAGAGUUACAUGAAGAAGACUGCUCCCAAAAUCCUUCAGUUAUUGACAGAGUGGACAGAGACCUUCCCUUACGAUUUCCGAGAUGAGAGGAUGAUGAGAAAUCUCAAAGACACAGCACGCCGCAUCACACAUGGAGAUGAGAUGUACAGGAAAAAUGUUCAACAGAUCAUACAAAAUCUCAUUCGGAAGCUUGCAGCAUUAAGCCAGUAUGAAGAACUUAUUGCAAAAAUCAAUGCCCAAAGUGCUGAUCGUAUGGCCAUUUUGAAGAGCAAGCCACAGUCCAUACAAAGGGACAUCAUCAGUAUCUGUAGUGACCCCUAUACGUUAGCCCAGCAGCUAACCCACAUAGAGCUAGAAAGGCUAAGUUAUAUUGGACCUGAAGAGUUUGUGCAGGCUUUUGUGCAGAAGGAUCCAUUGGAUAACAAUGAGAACCGUUUCAGUGACCGAAAAAAGACUCGCAAUCUUGAAGCGUACGUGGAGUGGUUCAACCGCCUUAGUUACCUUGUAGCAACAGAGAUCUGCAUGCCUGUUAAGAAGAAACACAGAGCCAGGAUCAUUGAGUUCUUUAUCGAUGUAGCUCGGGAGUGUUUCAACAUUGGAAAUUUUAACUCUCUAAUGGCAAUAAUUUCUGGAAUGAACAUGAGUCCUGUUUCUCGGCUGAAGAAAACAUGGGCAAAAGUCAAGACUGCAAAGUUUGAUAUUUUGGAGCAUCAAAUGGAUCCUUCAAGCAACUUUUACAAUUACAGAACAGCUCUGCGAGGAGCAGCUCAAAGGUCCCUAACUGCUCACAGCACCAGAGAAAAGAUUGUGAUCCCAUUCUGCAGUUUGCUGAUCAAAGACCUCUACUUUCUAAAUGAGGGCUGUACCAGUCGCCUUCCUAACGGUCACGUCAAUUUUGAGAAAUUCUGGGAGCUGGCAAAGCAAGUCAGUGAAUUUAUGGCUUGGAAGCAAGUUGAGUGCCCCUUUGAAAAAGAUCGAAAAAUUCUGCAUUAUGUCCUGACUGCUCCUAUAUUCAGUGAAGAUGGUCUUUAUCUGGCUUCCUAUGAGAACGAGGGUCCUGAGAAUCACAUUGAAAAAGACAGAUGGAAAACUAUGAGGUCAGCACUUUUGGGCAGAGUCUAAUGUAUGAAGUCAGUGCCAUGAAUUGACCAUUAUUUAUGGACACAGUGGGAUUUGAAUGAUGGGUGCAUUGGAAGCAGCUGAGGCUUUCUAGCAGAGCAGACAUGAAUCAAGACCGCUCGAGGGCAGGCACAUUAAAUGAAUCACAACUGGCUUGUCUGCCCAGCCUGCUUAGGACAGACAAUGACUUGAUGUUUCACAGUCGCCCCUAUGCUGACUUUUCUUUCUUCAGUCGCGUAUAGAUUCUUUACCGGGUUUCACAUCGUGCUUAUCAACCCUACCCAGCUAUCUCACCAUGUACAGUGCUGGUCAAGACAAGGAGUACUUAAAGCGGAAGAUGGAAAUUAAUAUUAAAAGAAAAACACUGGCUGGCCGGGGUCUGUUAACGUGUUGAUUUGUGGUCUAAAGCUUUUAGUUUACCGCUGGAUGGUAAACUGAACAGUGGGACUCACUGGACAUUUAAUAAUAUUCCUGUAUGUUAUCGUCCAGAGCUAAAGCCUAUUUCUGGGAUCUAGGCUGCAGCCGGACACAGUAUGUGUGUACAUGGACACAAGCCGGUUUACAGUAUUUUUCCUUGUUUUUUUUGCGAUUUGCUUGUAUAUUCUUUAUUUUUGGAUUUUCUUAUUUAUUGCAGCAAGGGUCUGUACAGAACAUUUUGGUACAGAGCAAGUUGUGCACUGACUGUAUAUCGGGAAAAAGGUUUUUUUUUUUUCCCCCCUCCUCUUCCACUUUGUAUGAAUGCAUUUUUAUAUGUAACCUUUCUACCACUUUUCCAUUUUGUUCUACAAGCAACCUCAUAGCUGCAAACAUCAGCUUUGUCCUCCAAGAUGCUGCAUUUAGGCACUGAGAUUUCAGGAAAUACAUACGCAUGUUUUCUCAAAUAACUGGGCAGCAAUGAAUCGCAACAGAUUCCAUGCUUAACUGCUGUGAAGAGACGUUUGUAGUUUCUCGUAAAGAAAGUCUAUUUUGCUAUGAACUGAAAAGUUUCAAGUAAGAGCAUUGCUGUAGUGUUAGAAAUGCUAAUAAUGCAGAUUUCUACGACAUGAUCAUGUCUGUUUACUAGUCUUCCUCUAUUGAUGUGACUGUCCUGUGACGAGGACUAAUGGACCAUUAUACCUCAUGUAUUUCUCUUUGCAAUGUGCAGACUCCUCCUGACAUUGGAGUUCCCUGUUGUAUACUUUUUUUUUUUUUUUCAGUGUAAUUUUCCACUUCACUGAUGGAUAGGUUACUUUGUGCAUGUGCCGUAUAGGAAUGCUAAAAACUGUGAACUAGACAGCGAUAAUAAAUAUGUGAUAAUAUACAAGUUUUGUUGCAAGCGUGUAAAACUGAUGGAUGUGUUUUGGGAUACUAAAAAGGCCAGGGGUUAAUGCAUUGGACUCCAUAUAUAUCUUGUCAUUCGUCUUAGUUGAAGCAGAAGGGUUUACAGCGCAGCGUGAGACAAGACAUGGCAAGAUGGGGAUCCUUAAUGAAUUCAGUGAUGUGACUAUAAAUCGUGACCUCCAUUCCUUUAUGAAAGGGAAAUAAUUUAUCAUUGCAUUUUCGCAUUUAUGGCAUAAAGUCAAUGAAGGACGAUGAAAAAGCAAAAUGUGGAUAGAAUUUGUGAAUACGCUGAUAUUACUGGCGGAUUUGUUUUUACUUUUUCCAGUAGAGCUCUAGAGCUUCCUAUUGCUAGGGAAUGACUUGCUUCAUGAUAUUUCAAAGACAUUUGUUAGAAUUUGCAUAAUCAAUUUUAAAGACCUUUCCUACUGCUGGGAAAUGAAUAUUCUGACAAACAGCUGCUGAGACCAGACAUUAGGCACCUUCUCACUACUACGCAUGAAUACAUUCCAUGAUCUCUAGAGAAGGGCACGUCUGUGUCCUGGAUUGAAACUGCACCAGGCAUACAGGCUCUGUAUCUCGGAUGUGUGCGAUCUGUCAAUAUCAGUGCCCAUCAUUAUUGAAUGAUAUACUCCUUAUUGCUGAGGGGUCUUUCUAUGCAUGAAAGUAACUUUUUUUUAUUUUAUUUUUUUGUCCUCUCUGGAGAGAAAAAAUUGAUUUUAUAGAGAAGAUGCAGAUGAACUUGACCUCAAUGUGAAAAGUAUACAAUAUAGUGUAGCUUAGAGCAAUAUCUAUCUGCAUCCUUUGUGAGAUUAUGAUUUGGGCAUAAUUAUCACAUGGACAGUAAAAUCAAUACCUACAUUCAUGCUAACAAAAGUAAGAUCAACACGAGUUGUUGGACUAAUUUUUAAUGAUGUAAAAUUCUAACUGAUAUAUUAGGACAAUUUUCAUUUUCUUUUUCUUUUCAUGUGGUAUAAUUUGUGCCCUCUGGCUCCACAUACAGGACAUCUGUAGGAAAACCUUAUAUUGAAGCCCAAGUCAUAUGACUUGCCUUUAAAGGAUUGCCUUCACUUUAAGGACUCCGUUCUAAAGGUAGGUGCAGGUCCCAGAGGUGGGACCUCCACCUAUCAGACACUGGGGGCAUAUCUUGGCGAUAUUCCAACAAUGUUUGAGGUGAGACAACCCUUUUAAGUCUUUGGACAAUGGGAGCUUCUGACCAACUUGUAGAAAGGGUGAAAACCACACAAAAAUGUACAGUUUAGCAUAUGAUCACAUGUGGCAGAUAGUCUGCCACUGAAUUUCGGGCAGAAAAUCCGCAAUAGAAUACAUAACCAGCAAAGUGGAUGAUAUUUUUCCAAAGUCUCAUCCAUGCUAUCAGGGGGGAAAUACACACCAGAAAUGAACCUACAACAAAAUGGGUAAAAAAUUCAGCAAAAUCCACAGCAAAUCUGCUUGCAACAGGUGAAGCAGAUCGGAUACAGAAUUUAAUUUUUGUCCAGUUUUCUCUGCUGGACGUGAAGAAGCAUUCCAUAAUUCUGGAAACGGGUCUCUAGUUCAGAGAGUAAAUCGUAUGUGUGUAUAUAUCAUUGUAAUGUAUUUUGACUUGCUUAUAAAACACAUUUAUAAUUUAUGUAGUUGAAGCAAACUGUAAA